AUCCUAACGCGAGGUACUCUGUAGUAGGCCUACGUUAGUAGGAUAUGUUAGUGUAGGACAGCUGCAGCAAAGCCCAGUCUGGACAGGAGCACAAUAAACUUUCCAUCAUGUCAGCGAAUGUCAACUUUAAGUAGGCUAAAUUAAUACCUAGAAUGUAUUUUUAGUUCAUUUCAUCUGAAAUAUUGGGCUCCCAUGAUAUUUUGCUUUUGAAAAUAAUGUAAAACGUCCACAUUGCAGUAGGCAUAAAUAAAAUAUAGGCUAGCUUAUAUUAUAACUGACAGACCUAUGUUUGUUUUCUGUAUUUGAACAUUUAUAGAAAAUAUUCUAUUUAGAUGUUUUUUUUUUUUUCAUAUAGGUUUUUUAAUAUUCUGUUAGAAAAUCGAAAUCUAGGUCCUUUCAGAGAGCUGUACUAUUGGCUAAUGCAUGUUUAGGCCAUCCAGCUGGUUUGGGAAUUAUUCAAUUUCAUUUUUACUGAUUAGUCAUAUGUUGUUUAAUAUCCUGAGAUUUUCUCUUAUAAUAUGGACUGCGUAAUUCAGUAACUAAAAACUGGAUAAAAUAAAACAAGCCUAUGAAGGAGAACUUGUGCUGUAAUAAUUAUUGUUUUUAUGUCUAAAUAACUCCGUUAAUAUUGAACUCCACUAGAAAUUAAAUAAUGUGGACUACAUUCAGCAUCAUAAGGUUUACCUAUAUGCAAAGUGAAACAUUUUAGAACGAUGACGUUUUCAUUAGGGUACUUGCUGUAGUGGGUGCAGAAGUUCUUGCCAGGCUUGUUGUUUACUGGCCAUGUGCUCUGUCUCAAGAGUCCAGGCGCAAAGCUGCUCAUAUGUGCAUAGCAAAUAAGGCUUUUCAUGUUAUUGUAAAUAUUGGUACAUCCUUUGAGCUGUAUGGGAAACGACUUAAGAGAACUUUGCAAUUGUGCACGUGUUUUUUCUCCCUUUUCUCCGUCUGUAUUUUCAAGAUUGUCUGAUCCAUUUGAAUGCGCCCUCGCUUCUGUUUUUAAAUGGCAAUGAGAGCGCUAUUAGGAGGAGGCACGUGUCUUAAUGAGGUCUUUUUCAACCCACUGAAUGGACAUAAGCACCCUGCUGCGAGCCCUGCUAGCCCUCAAGAUAUUUAAUCCCUCCUGGAUGGGCUUAGUGUCAGGAGAGGCCAGUCUGAGGACAGAGCCCUAUAGCGUUGAGCUCUCGAGUGCAGGUAGACGUAUAAAAGCAACAAGUCGAUGUAAGAAACGCACUCAGUCACAAGUCGCUGUUAUCCGCUCAGACUUUCUAAUAAAGCAGUGAUGGAGGACAUGCUGUUUGACUUUGACCAAGAUGCAACCACAGACUUCGCCUUCUGGGGCGAAAUGGACCCUAACUUUCAGUUUCAGUCCCAGCUCGACUCGCUGCUGUUCGAUGGCACGGCAAUAACAGGUGAACUGUCUCCGUGGUCUUCCUUCGGGUGUCAGUCCGUGUUCCCCGAAGCGCAGCUCGCUUUCCCGGAGCUGGAGUCUCGCUCCCCGCGGGCUGAGGUGGACAGCGGUGCUGCAGAGGAAGAGCUAGAGGAGCAGAAGCGGGGGAAGCUCAGGCCGCGCCGCCUCGCCUCCAACCAUCUCACACACCAUCAGCAUCAUCACCAGCAUCAGCACCACCCGUACCGCGUCCAGCGCCACGCCGCCAACAUCCGCGAGCGCAAGCGCAUGCUCAGUAUCAACUCUGCGUUUGAGGAGCUGCGCUGUCACGUGCCCACGUUCCCCUACGAGAAGCGACUGUCCAAGAUUGACACCCUGAGGCUGGCCAUCGCCUACAUCGCCCUGCUCAGAGAGAUCCUCGUGUCCGGCUGUGACCCCAAGACCUAUGUAGACGAGUGCAUGAAGAAUGGCUACAAAAAUCAGACUAACGCCAUCUGGAACACGAGUGAUCUGACAGCUCGUCUUUCUUGGAUAAAGUGGGAUUAGUUUGCGGGACAGACUUGCUCGGCUCGGGGGGAGAGAUCCUUCUUCCCCCCACCGCACUGGCAGCUUGGCAUCAUGGCACACUGACAUCUGCACAUUUCUCACCAGGUCGCACGUCUGCACUUGGCACCCGGGAUGCUUUUUAUAUUCUAAUUUAUUGUGGGCAGAGAAUGAGACUCAGUGUUUUGCUGUGCCACUCCAGUCGUGUGUUAAUGAUGAAUGAGACCAGGUUUAAGUCUUGGCAUGGCCUAGACACUUGUCUCUGUGGGAGACGAGAGGAUCGCUAAGGAUCUCGGAGCGCCUGUUUAAGUGUUUUGUAUGCGUUUCAAUAUGCUCGCAAGCUGAUGGGUGAGAAUUUGCAGCAUGCCCAUUGACCACAUUUACAUGAAAAGAGUAGUAUUGUUUUGCACUGGUUACACAAAUUGAAAAUGUUAAUUAUAAAACUGUUUAAAAAAAAAAAAACACUUACUGCAACUUUAAACAUUAUUUAUAUAUUUAUGACCUUUUCAAUUAUUUAUUAAGGCUAUCUUAUUUAUUAACUGUCGGUUUUUCUUUGUAAAGGUGUUCAAAAUAUUUUUGUGUAAACCUUAAUACCUCUUCCAAUAUUUCUCAUUAAAUAUCCUAACAGAU